GCCCUUAGUGAAGGAGUGUCUCUGCAGUUGUACACAGGGCAGUCUGUGGUGGAAACCCACACAGCGUAGUUUUUCUUCAACGCAUUUGUUUAUGUGAGAGGGGGGAUCGACUUGCUUGGAGGAAAGGGUUUCCUGCGAGGACUGCAGCAGCAACUCAGGAAAAUACAGUUUCUAAACGACCAUCCAGAGGAGACGACUGCCUGAGACUCCCCAGACGCAAAGGAAGCUCCUGAUGUUUGCUGAGGCUGACAAUCAAGAGAUGUCGCCCUGAUUGCCAUUUGUUGGGCGCACCUUUCCAUUAAGCAAGAUGUCAACCACAACAGAAAAUGGGAUGGGAGGACCUUGGAACAUCAACAGAGAGAAAACAUACAAAAAGACUACUUCAUCAGCCUUGAAGGGUGCCAUUCAGCUCGGCAUUGGCUAUACAGUGGGCAACCUUACCUCAAAACCUGACAGAGAUGUUCUUAUGCAAGACUUCUAUGUUGUGGAGAGUGUCUUUCUGCCAAGUGAGGGAAGUAACCUGACCCCAGCACAUCAUUAUCCAGACUUCCGCUUCAAGACCUAUGCCCCGCUGGCCUUCAGAUACUUCAGGGAUCUGUUCGGCAUCAAACCUGAUGAUUAUCUGUACUCCCUGGUGAAUGAGCCUCUCAUUGAGCUGACCAACCCCGGUGCCAGCGGCUCUCUCUUCUACCUAACCAGCGAUGAUGAGUUCAUCAUUAAAACCGUCCAGCACAAAGAGGCCAAGUUUCUGCAGAGAUUGCUACCUGGAUACUACAUGAACCUAAACCAGAAUCCACGUACGCUACUGCCCAAGUUCUAUGGACUCUACUGCAUCCAGUCAGGAGGCAUCAACAUCCGACUGGUGGUGAUGAAUAACGUGCUACCCCGCUCCGUCAAAAUGCACUACAAAUACGACCUGAAGGGAUCCACUUACAAGAGACGGGCGUCUAGGAAAGAGAGAGAGAAGAGUUCGCCGACCUAUAAAGAUCUGGACUUUCAGGAUAUGCACGAAGAAGGGCUUUACUUUGACACAGAGACGUACAACAACCUGAUGAAGACCCUGCAGAGAGACUGUCGGGUACUGGAGAGUUUUAAGAUCAUGGACUACAGCCUGCUUUUGGGUGUUCAUGUCCUGGACCACAGCCAGAGAGAGGGGGGAGAACCGGGCCAGGCAGGGGGGGACGGGAGGAGACCUGUGGGCCAGAGGGUGCUUUACUCCACCGCCAUGGAGUCCAUCCAGGGAGACGGCAAGGCAGCUGAAGCCCUCACCACAGACGACACGAUGGGUGGUAUCCCAGCAAAAACACACAAAGAAGAAAAGCUGCUCAUCUUCCUGGGUAUCAUAGAUAUUCUUCAGUCAUAUAGGUUCAUUAAGAAGUUGGAACACUCGUGGAAAGCUCUGGUGUACGAUGGGGACUCCGUGUCAGUACACAGGCCUGGGUUUUAUGCCAGCCGCUUCCUCAAGUUCAUGAGCACACGGGUCUUCAGGAAGACGCAACCACUUCGAUUCUCCCCUUCAAAGAGGACUCGUACUUCCAUCCCAGCUCUGAAGUCAUCCUCACAGGAGAUCCUUUCAUCGCAAGCGGAUGAGAGGAACGAGGAGGACAGGAGAGUCAGGCUGGGGGGGGCGUGCAGCCUGGCAAGCUUGGACGGACAAGCUGUGUUCGGCUCUUACCUGCGUCCUGAUCUGGUCCCUGCCAACCCGUCCUUCUACGAAGGCUCCUCCAUGGGCACCAUCUCCACCUCCUCCAUCUUUGUCAACGUGGACAACCAAACAGAGGAGAGAGAGGAUGUUGGAUCCAGCUCCACAUUCACCCUGGAGGACAGCGCUAUCUGCCUCACAUCAGAGCAGAGCACCAUGGACGUGGACAUAGACCGAGAUGACGGCUCCGUUCUGGAUGUGUACUUAUGAAAAAAAGCAGUUCCACAACCUUCAUUUCCUCCUGCCAACCAUCAGACAAUCCCCGCCCUCCAUUGGACAGACCAGGCCAGCCUUUGACUCCACUUCCAGUGCUGCUACAUCAAUUUUGCCACAUAUUGCCAACAUAUUCAAAGACAGUGAUUCUCUUCAGCUUGAUGGACUGAAAGACUACACAAAGAGAGUCCCAGCGAUGGACAUCAGCAGGAACCGUGACAUAUCAUGCAAUGUGACGAAUAUUGGACCGAACUGAGUGCCGCUUUUAGAGCAUGAGUCAGCGCAGUGCCAUUUAGUUUUAUAUAUGUAAACUAUUUUCAAUGUCCUUCACAGAGACCUUAAGAAUUGAUUUAUAAACUGUAUAUAUGAGGAGAGGGUAGAUACAUUUCUUUGUUUUUUUCUGCUGACCUGAAAUAUAUGAAGGAGACUGUCAAAGUUUGCAGCUACAUUAUAGAGGCUGAACAGAGGAGUUUGCGAUGAAUUUGUGAAGGCGCCUUUGUCCCUAGUGAACAGGGAUGCGAUGGUCACCACAUAGAAGCAAUCCGUUCAAAGACAGAUGACGCAGAUGAGAAAGGACUCAUUUGAACAGAUGUGAUGGAUGUUGAAACUCAUGAGGCCAAACACAGACUAUGAUGUUAUUAAAGUGGCCCAUUAUUUUCCCUAAGGGGCAGUAAGUGUUACUGCCCUGACAGGACCCAGUUGCCUUUGGGAUGGGCUGCUGUAAAGUGAAGUGAGAAAAGAGUUACUGGAUCUCUGAUGAAGCACAGAGCAGAGACGCUCCACUCGCUCUUGAUAAAAAAGGCACUUUUGACAUUGGUUGUGAUUACUGUAAGACAUAUUUUUCUCUGAAGGACUUGCUUAGAUGGGUGAACUACCUGACUGAAGCACAGGUUUGGAUAUAAGAAUAUGCACUUUUCUUUUUUUUCUCUUUUUACUCUAUAAGUGCACACCUCUGUAAGUCAAUGAUACUACAUGUACAGAGAAAAAUGAAGGAACAUUGUAGAUCAUUUUUGAUGUGGAGCUUCUAGUUUUGUGAGGUUUGUGUCAUGACUGAAAUGCUUUUACUCAGGAUAUCCUUUGAUACUGAACAAGUGUGUCCUUUGCAUACUACAUGAAGAAGCUGUCCGAUACCUCUUCAUCAAAACCAUUUCCAAAUGGCAAUGUGUAAUUUCAUGAUCACAUGUUGAUUCAGAGCAUAAUUUAUUCUGUAUAUCUCAAUACUUCACCAUCUGCUGAAAAAAAUCUUUAAAAUCGCUGAAUGUAAAGACAAUGCGUAUUUAUAUAUGAUGAGACUCCUCGAAAUAAACUGCUAAAUUUCA